UUUUACCGGAGUUGAUGUUAACCCCUUUAUUUUGAAUUGCAAGAGUCAACGAGUGAUAUUAAAAAUGUCGACUACAAAACUUCAAAAAAAACGUAUUGCCACAAGCUGUAUCACCUUGCCAUUAAAGAAAGAAGUGCUAGAAGAAAUUGUUGAUAAGGCGAAAGAUUGGGCAUUAAUGCAUGGAGCUGCUAUGCGUUCAAGAACAAAAUAUGAACACGAUACUUUAACACUAGCUCCAUUUAUAUUAUUACCUUCACCGUUACCAAAAUCGGAAUUUGAGAAGGCAGUUGCAAUACAACCAACGUUAAAUGAGUUAAUGCAUAAAGUUGCACACGAUUAUGACUUUUUAAAGGAAUCGUUAAAAGAUACAAUUGAAGUGGAUGAUUUUACGAAAAAUCUGUUUGAUAUUUAUGAAAUAAUUCAUUCAGAAGGUGCUGCACAGUUAUUAUCAUUGGGCUUGAUAAGGUCUGAUUUGAUGCUAGAAUCUGUAUGUCCAAACGUGGAUGAUAUCAGUAAUUUACAAUUAGAUGAUUUAGAGCAGUCAGACGAUAAUCAUUUUCGAACAUAUUGUUGUUGGAAACAAGUCGAAAUUAAUACGAUCGCGUCUGGUUUCGGAUGGCUUGGCCCAAUUUCUGCUGCUAUCCAGAGGUUUGUGUUAUCGGAAUUAGGUUAUUAUGAAAAAUUAAAAAAUUUACCCGACAAUAAUGCACUUAGUGGCCUAUGUCAAGGAAUGAUUAAAGCAUGGGAAUUGUAUAAUACUAAAUCUGCUGUAAUUAUGUUCCUUGUUGAAGAUGUAACAUACAAUAUUUGUGAUCAACGAUUUCAUGAAUUCGAAAUUCAUCGAUUAAAUCGUGAUAUUAAAGUAAUACGGCGUACUUUAACUCAGGUUGCAAAUAAUGCAAAAUUGGGACCAAACAAACAAUUAUUAAUAGAUGGUUGUGAGGUAGCAGUUAUAUAUUUCCGGGCAGGAUAUGAACCUGGCCAUUAUCAUUCACAAAAGGAAUGGGAUGCCCGAUUAUUAAUGGAACGUUCAUUGGCUAUUAAAUGCCCUUCAAUACAUUAUCAUUUAGCGGGUACUAAAAAAGUUCAACAAGCAUUAGCACGACCGAACACAUUGGAUAAAUAUUUAAAAACACCGGAAGCAAUUGCAUCUGUUAAUGAAAUAUUUACUGGUUUAUAUUCAUUAGAUUUUGAUGAAUAUGGUGAACGUGCUAUUAAAAUGGCAAUGGAAAAUCCUGAAAGAUAUGUUUUAAAACCACAACGUGAAGGUGGUGGCAAUAACGUCUAUGGAAAUGAUAUUCGUGAUGUUUUAUUGAAAAUGAAAGAUACUCCUGAACGUACAGCAUGGAUUUUAAUGGAUAAAAUCAAUCCUCCGUUUACACAAGGCUACAUGAUACGUCCAAAUAAUCCUGGUCUACCAGAAAUUGUUGAUUUAGUUUCUGAAUUAGGAAUAUUUGGUGCUAUUAUCGGUAAUGCUGACACGAUAUUAUAUAACAAACAACUUGGUCAUAUGUUACGAACAAAAUUAUCAACAUCAAAUGAAGGUGGAGUAGCGGUUGGUAUUGGUGCCUUAGAUAGUCCGUAUUUAAUUGAUGAUAUGGAUUGAGUGAGUUUUAUUCUUUUUUU